GGGCUUCAGCACCCUCAUCACUUCCCAUAUAUACCUCACCGGGAGUGGCUUGCGCCCGUUCGGUAGGUGUUGUUGUUAACUCCAUAUCGUUUACAGGAAGUCGUGUGGGAGAUACACGCCCGCACGCGAGGAUGGCUGGGUUUUGGGUUCUCAAGCAACGGAGGUAUGGGACGCGCGGACAUGCUGACAGCUUGGGUGCUGGACGGGCGGCUGUACCUUCAGGAUCGCCACGGUGUAGGCGAUCAACUGCCACUUGAGGACGAGAGAAACGACUGGCAGGUCCUCCAUGCUCACGAGAACGACACACACACGGUGGUAGUCGUGAUGCGAAAGGUGAACACAUGCGACUCCGAAGACUAUAUUCUGACGAACGAGACAGUCCAUCUGCUGUACGCGUGGGGGGACGAGGACCCCAGCGGCGCCCACCCUGCCUACCACGGCCCACGUCGAGGCAGCAGGUACGCGAUGGUCCUUUCGCCGUUCCACAGAGAGCAUCUGAUGGAGGAAAUGGAAACGUGGACGGUUCGGCAGCGCAUUACUCUUCCACACACUCAGGAUACCUUUUACUGGUGCCACAUUGAGAAGAUUCCGUCGUGGAAGGAGAAACACCAAUACAUUGGGUUCGACAUGGUAUAUGGAGAAAACGCGCGCCAGAAUCUCCAUCAUUCCGUCGCCUUCGAGUGCCACACACAGGAUGGCAGCGACCCAGGCCACCACUUGGACCGCUACGUCAACCAUCCGGGAUUCGAGUGUUACACCCCUAACAUGCCACCCCAAUUCUACAUGUGCGAGCGCUUCCUCAUCAACUGGGCAAUCGGGAGCGAGGGAGAACUCUUGCCUAUGACGGUGGGCUACCCACUUGGGGACGAACACGGGGGCGCCACGUACCUCAUGUUCCAGAGUCACUACGACAAUAGGCGACUGGAGAGGAACGUAACGGUGGAAUGGGCCAUGGACAUCCACCACACAAACCAGCUCAGGCCACAGGACGCCAGCAACAUGGGCUUGGGUCACGCACUGCUCUUCUCCCUCACCGUUCCCCCACGGACUUCCGAUUGGUUGGUGGCUGGUCACUGCGCCGCCGCCUGUACCGAAGCUGCCCUGCCACCUGAGGGAGUCAACAUUUUUACUGUGUUUCUGCACGGCCACUACCUGGUAAGGGCUAUAAGGCUUCGGCACUUCCGUGGGGACGAAGAGCUACCGCCAAUCGCUGUCGACGACAACUACGCUGCCGACUACCAGCAGUCCCGCCGCUUAUUCCGUGAGGUGAAGCUGCUGCCAGGAGAUCACCUCACUCCUUGA